AUGCUCUCUUUCCCCUCCACCUCCAUCGCGUGUUACACGAGAAGGUCCACUUCCCUGUACUUCUCGCGUUCUAUUGCAUCCUCCGUCGCCUUCACCGCACGCUCUACGAAAAACUACAGUGUUCGCCCACCCCGGAAAGUCACCACCGACGAACAGAAUGUGUCUGCUUCGGAACUUCUUGACGGCGUAUUCACUCAUUCAGAUGAGUCUCUGAAUGCGUCCGAGUCCUCCAAUACCCCUUCAUUCUUGGAGAACCUGAGGAACUACCCUCAUUGUAUUCUGCUCACCCGGGUUGGUCAGUUCUACGAGUCCUACUUCGACCAGGCCAAAGAAGUUGCACAGCUCCUCAACAUCAAGCUUGCUAAAAAAUCAUGGGACGGACAACGCUAUUGUAUGGCAGGUUUCCCCAUCGUGCAGCUGAACAAGUACCUGAAGGUCCUGGUGCAAGAUCAUCGUCGCUUCGUAGCUAUUUGCGAAGAGUUCCCUCGAGAUCCUGCACUUGGUGCCAAAGGCGGCUUCGACAGACGCGUUGUGCGAAUCGUUACCCCUGGCACUCUCAUCGACGAACCCUUCCUGAACCCUUUCGAGAAUAAUUUUCUGCUCUCCAUCACGGCCUCGCAAGCAGAGCAGGGGUUCAACACGCCUGUGGGCCUCGCGUGGAUUGAUGUCUCAACCGGCGAGUUCUACACCAAGCACGGCGCUCUUUCCACUCUCCGGGAUGACUUGGUACGUAUCAACCCCAAGGAGGUCGUGCUGGAUCAACGCCUUUCGAAAGACGACUCGUCGGCCAUUCGUCAAUUACUAUCAGAAGAAGGUUCAUUCGUCUCAUAUGCCGCAAUGCCUCAUGAGCCGCCAAUUGAAGACGCUUUGCUCUCCGAUGGGGACGCAUUAAACCCGGACGACGUUACGGCCCAAUCAGACGCUUCAUGCACCUUGCCGACUCGGUCUUCCGUCGAUGAAACCGAGGCCAUCCAGCUCCUUGUCUCCUUCAUGCAUACACACCUCAUGGAGCAUAUGCCGUCACUCAUAUCGCCAAGUCCUGAAAGCACAACGGGACGAAUGUUGAUCGACUCGCAUACCGUCAAAGCUCUCGAGAUUCGCGAGAACCUUGGAGAUGGGGGUAUGACUGGUAGUUUACUGUCUGUCAUCAAACGGACGGUAACUUCUAGUGGUACUCGACUUCUUGCCCGAUGGUUGUGUUCUCCCAGCACGUCGGUCGCCGAGAUCAAUGCUCGACAGUCGUUGGUCGCGUUCUUUCAUUCUCGUGCGUUCUUGAGACAGGAUAUACUGCAGCAUCUACGGGAGACCGAAGACGCAUCGCGAAUCAUCCAGAAACUACUUCUUGGACGGGGUUGCUUCAACGAUCUGACAAGCAUUUGCAUAUGCAUCGACACAUGGGAAAGGAUCAAGCAACGUAUCAUAACUGAGAAGUGGGAUUCAGAGGAGCGCUCAGAGUCCCCCGAGUGGACGAACAUGGAGGCGUUAUUGAAUAAGCUAGAGGAUCUAAACGCACUGGCAGACCGUAUACGGACAUCGGUCAUCCCUCGCGAUUGGACGGCAACAGAAGGCGAGCAAUCUGAGCUGCCAGACCCAGCCGCGAGUCCGCCCGCUGGCGCUCGUGAUCCCAUGAAUCCACUUGGACUGGUAGAAUGGACUGUCAAGCCCGAAUUCUCGGAAGAGCUCAUAACACUCCAUGAAAAGCUGAGGUCACUCCUGAAUACGAAGGAUUCUCUAGAGCGGAGACUGCAGAUCCAAUUCCUCGCUCCGUCCCUCAAACUACGGGCUUCUCCUGGAGCAGGCAUGUUCGUGCACCUGUCACGCAAGAAAGAUGCAGCACGACUCAAAGGCAGUCCGGAGUUCGCCCCCUUGUCUGAAAGCAGCUCCACCUGCACGUUUUUCCAUUCAGCAUGGAGUCGAUUAGGCACAGAGAUCAGCCAAACUGCAGUUUCUAUCUCGAUGGCUGAAAAGCGUGCAUUCGAAGAUUUGCGACUAGAGGUUAUCGCCCAGUCUGGGAAGCUGCGCCGGAAUGCGAAGAUCGUAGACGAACUCGAUGUCACGCUUGCUUUCGCUAGUCUCGCCACAGAGAUGCGAUGGGUACGUCCCGUCGUGAAGGAAGGAACCGCAUAUAACGUAGUCAAUGGCCGGCAUCCCACCGUCGAACUCGGUCUACUGAAAGCUGGCCGCACUUUCGUCCCUAAUGCAGUUUCAUUCACGCAAGAUGCUCAACUUCAUCUCAUCACGGGCCCGAAUAUGGCCGGCAAGUCGACGCUCCUCCGCCAGACCGCACUCAUGUCCAUCCUCGCCCAAACGGGAUCCUUCGUUCCUGCGGAUCACGCGGAACUCGGCAUCGUGGAUCGCGUCUUCUCGCGAGUCGGAGCGAAGGACGACCUCUUCAGGGACCGGAGCACCUUCAUGGUCGAGAUGUUGGAGACCAGUGACAUCUUGCACCGCGCAACACCGAAUAGCCUUGUCAUCAUGGACGAGGUCGGUCGAGGCACGACAACAAACGACGGGCUUGCCAUUGCGUUCUCAGCCAUCAACCACCUUUUGACUGUGAAUUGCUGUCGGGCGAUGUUCGCUACGCAUUUCCACGAGCUAGCAGAUAUGCUCGGGCACAACCCUGAGACGCACCGGGGACGUGGACCAUUCUCAAAAGUCGCCUUCUACUACACCGAUAUCACAGAAACCGGGGACGGAUACUUCACUUACACCCACCGAUUGAGCUCUGGGGUCAACCGCGACAGUCACGGUUUGAUGGUCGCUAAACUGGCCGGGAUGCCGCAGCCAAUGAUCGAAGUUGCGCAAUCCGCGCUCGCAUGGCUCAAGCAGCGGUCAGCAGAGCGCGUGGGAGACCGGCAGGCCCUUCAGGACUUGGGACAGACACUAGCUACUAAUCGCAUUAUGACACUUGAGACCUAA